CCCACAACUAGUUUCGAUUUGAAAAUACAUUUUGUUUAACGUUUGUUUGUACGGAUACGUUGGUUUAUAUAGGUUAUAUUGGUAUAUAUGAAUAUUUUUUGUACAAUUAAUUCAAGUUCGCGUUGUCUUUGCAGGGAAACAGAUUGUUUAUAUCAAAUAGAAACAUGGCAACGGGUGGAUACGAUGCGAGUCAGGAACAUGCCAGUGACAUUGUAGAUGACGAUUUAAAGGAAAAAUUGUGCGCGACUUGUAUUAAGAAAUUUACCCAUACAGAAACAAGUGCUAUCACAGAAAUCAGAAUACACCUUCUCUGUGAUAAAUGCAGAGAUUUUGUAUUACGACAUCAAUUCAAUAGUCAUGAAAUUAUACUUGUAAAAAAACAUGACUCAACAGAAACUGGUUUGGACAUGAAAGGUCUCGAUACAUGCAUGCAGCACAUGAAGAAAGUAAAGUUUUACUGUGAGGAUCAUGAUCUAUUGUGUUGCAGUGGAUGUGUAACCACCCAUCGUAAGUGCGAUAAGUUCACUGAGCUGAGUGCUUUAUCAGAAGAAAAAGAAGCAUGUAGACAAAAGCAUAUUGCUUUGUUGAGAAUACAUGAAGAAAGUAUCUCUAUGAAAAAGGAAAUGGGGCAGUUAGAGGUUGAAUUAAAUGAAAGAGUUGAAAAUCUUUCAUCAGAAAUUGAUGAAAUUAAAAGUAAACUGAUGGACCUGCUGGAUAGUGAUAAAUAUUUAUUUCUACAAAAGUCCGAAAGUAUCCGUGCGGAAAAGAAAUUGCUUAUUGAACAAAGGAAAGAUGAACUGGACAUUAUUGAGACAGAUAUUUCUCAAGGACUUAAAUUGUUGUCUCGUACAUUGAAGAAAGGAACACCCUCGCAACAAUUUAUCGUCGGUAGAGCUGUUUCAGAAACACGAAGGAAAGCUCAGUGUGUUAUUGAACGUCAAAAACAACUUCCGAUGUCAAUAACAAUGCAUCUCUGUUUCUCAAACGAGCUGACAAAACUUUUACACACGAAAGAAAACAAUGUUAGACUCCAUACUGACGAGACAUGCAAUUUACAAGGUGGCUGCAGUCCUCUGUCCUUCGAAGAGCUUCCGUAA